ACCCUGUGCAUGACACACAUACCAAUUCAGCCCAACAACAAGGAACAGUUGCAUCGACACCGUGUCGUUAGAGGAAUAAGGGAUGGAAGUCAAAGAGCAGUUAAUAUCGACGGCAAUUCUGAAUGAUAUUAUGGACGCUAAAGGAAUUAAUGGGUUUUGAUUCGUGGAAGAGUUGCUGAUCUAUUAUCCGAUUCGCUGUUGGACUGGAGGAUACACUGUAUGCUGUGGUCUUUUUUUGUCGCUUCACUCGGAGAAAUCUAGGAGGUGGUGUUGUAAGAAGUGGCCCUCUAAUGUAAUAAAAGCAAAUAAAUGACAACAGUCUGGACCAGGACAUCUGAAAAGACGCAUUUGGAGAAUGAGACGCGCAAACAAGCAUCGUGUUGCCAGCUAGUUACCUCCCGGCCGCGUCUGGGCACUGCCGGGGUAGAGCACCGAAGCGGCAGAGGAUUGGUGGGCUAAACUGAGAAAGAUGAGCUGUAACUAGUAAACCACAACAACCAAUUUGUGUAGUUAGCUAUAUAUUAUGAGAUGUACUCAAAUACAAUAAGCAACUGUUUUCCUGACACUUGAUUGCAAGGCUUUUAUGAUAAACAGCUGUUACAGCGAGGUUCACCACCGCGACGCUAUCUGACAGGUUUUGUCUCGUUUGUCUCGAGGUUGCUAGCUAGCAAGCUAACUAGUACGCCUUUCUAAACGGUUCUUGUUUACGAUUGACAGAACAAAAUAGGAGAAAUUAUAGAAUUAGAACGAAAAUAGACUCUCGCUUUCAACUAGGUAGGUUUAGCUAGGUCAGGUAACCAACAUAGCUGGGUUGUCGGCAUGGUGACUCGGAGCUGCUGGAAAUCUCGUCACAAGCCUGGGUCCGGCCCCGGUUCGGCUGUUUUUAAAACCGGGCUUGUGGUGCUGUGUCUGUGGCUAUGCGCGACCCGCGCCGGGUGUAUCGUGGAAAUCAAAGAACCCAAAGUCGUACAAAAAGAUGCAGAGUUCGACGUCACCUACAAUGACACAGUAACAAGCGACAUCCAAACCAUCUACGCCUUCAACCACACCGUUUCGCGCAAUAAGACGGAGGGGGUGCGUGUUUCAGUGGAGGUGCCGUCAGACGGGGUGGAGAACCCCAUCCUGUUUGUGGUGCGACAGAAGCAGGCGGUGGUGUCGUUCCAGGUGCCCCUGAUCCUGCGUGGUCUGUACCAACGCAAGUACCCCUACACCCACGUGGGGCGAACCCUGUGCCAGCCACCGACGCGUGCCGCCACCGAGACCCAGUUCUUCUUUGUGGACGUGUCCACCCUGUCCAGCCUGGGGACACACUACCAGCUGAGGGUCAGCAGAGUGGACAGCUUCACCCUGCAAACAGACAAGAAGUCCAGCUUCAUUGCCACUCCAUCCCAGCCCCAGUUUUUCAAGUAUGAGUUUCCUGAAGGUGUGGACACAGUCAUCGUCAAGGUCAACUCCCAGAUGGCCUUCCCCUGCUCCGUCAUGUCCAUCCAAGACAUCCUGUGCCCAGUGUAUGACCUGGACAACAAUGUAGCCUUCAUUGGCAUGUACCAGACCAUGACCAAGACAGCUGCCAUCACAGUACAGAGGAAGGACUUCCCCAGUAACAGUUUCUACGUGGUGAUCGUGGUGAAGACCGAGGACGAAGCAUGUGGGGGCCCCUUGGCGUUCUACCCCCUGGGGCCCGAUGUGCUGAUGAAUGUUGGGAACCGCAGUAAAGUGCUGGACGUGAUGGUCUCCCCCGCCAUCAAUUCGGAGGUCUACGUGAUGGGGAUGUUGUUCUGUCUGGGGAUAUUUCUCUCGUUCUACAUACUCACCUUCCUGGUGGCCUGCAUCGAGAACAAGAGGAUGCACAAGAGGAGGGACGGACUUCUGAACACUCCCGACAUGUCGCCAGCGGAGACAGCUUCUUUGCUUGGAAAGGGCCUGGCUCCUGCCUCACCAUAUGAGUACGGCUCCUUUGCGGACAAUGGCAGCACGUUGAGCUCGGAGGCCGUUACUGAUAGUUUGGCAUCUGGAGAAGGAAACUACGGAUACAUGGAACGGUCUAUGGAGAGCGUCGGACGUGGCAGGCAAGAAUCCCUGAGCUCUGUCGAAGAGGACGACUAUGACACACUGGCCGACAUCGAUUCCGACAAGAACAUUGUCCGCACCAAGAAGUUCCUGUGUGUGUCUGACCUCGCUCGCAAAGACAAGAGGGUCCUGAGUAAAAAGUACCAGAUCUACUUCUGGAACAUUGCUACAAUUGCUGUCUUCUAUGCCCUGCCUGUGAUUCAGCUGGUUAUCACAUAUCAAACGGUGGUGAAUGUGACAGGAAACCAGGACAUCUGCUACUACAACUUCCUGUGUGCACACCCCCUUGGUGCUCUCAGUGCCUUCAACAACAUCCUGAGUAAUCUGGGUUAUGUGAUGCUGGGCUUGCUCUUCCUGCUGAUCGUGCUGCAGAGGGACAUCGUCCACAACAGAGCACUGCUGCGCAACGACCUAGCAGCGCUGGAGUGCGGCAUCCCCAAGCACUUUGGCCUGUUCUAUGCCAUGGGCACCGCGCUCAUGAUGGAGGGACUGCUGAGUGCAUGCUACCACGUCUGCCCCAACUACACCAACUUCCAGUUCGACACCUCCUUCAUGUACAUGAUAGCGGGUCUCUGCAUGCUGAAACUGUACCAGAAGAGGCACCCAGACAUCAACGCCAGCGCUUACACGGCAUAUGCCUGCUUGGCCGCCGUCAUCUUCUUCUCCGUGCUGGGAGUGGUCUUUGGAAAGGGAAAUACAGUGUUCUGGAUUGUCUUUUCCGUUAUCCACAUCCUGGCCACCCUGCUGCUCAGCACACAGCUGUACUACAUGGGCCGCUGGAGGCUGGACUCUGGUAUUCUGCGCAGAGUGCUGUACGUGAUCUACACCGACUGUAUCCGCCAGUGCAGUGGCCCCAUGUACAUUGACCGGAUGGUGCUCUUGGUGAUGGGAAACAUUGUUAACUGGUCUCUGGCUGCCUACGGGCUGAUUGAGAGGCCCAAUGACUUUGCCUCCUACCUGCUGGCCAUAGCCAUCUGCAACCUGCUGCUCUACUUCGCCUUCUACAUCAUCAUGAAGCUCCGCAGCGGUGAGCGGAUCCAGUGCCUGGCCCUGGUGUGUAUCCUCUUCACUGCCGUGGUCUGGGGCUUUGCUCUCUUCUUCUUCUUUCAGGGACUCAGCACCUGGCAGAAAACCCCAGCUGAGUCACGAGAGCACAACCGCGAGUGCAUCCUGCUUUCAUUCUUCGAUGACCACGACAUCUGGCACUUCCUGUCCUCCAUCGCCAUGUUCGGCUCCUUCCUGGUACUCCUCACGAUGGACGAUGACUUGGACAAUGUACAGAGAGACAAGAUCUAUGUCUUCUGAGAGAGAACCCACUUUACUGCACUCAUGCUGGCCAAGCAUGACCCAGAGGCCAAAGGGGCCAGCCAGUGGGCUGCCUUUCUGCUCGUGGGGUGACACUCCCCCGCAUCUCACAGCCAAUCAAAGAGAUCGAGGAGAGUGGGACUCCCCAGCUAGUCUGUGUGGACACUUAAAGUGCCAAGCAAUGGAACUGGGUCACAAAACAGUGCUGGAACUCUUGCUGUCGCCUUUAUUCUUAUGUGCUUACUAUUGAUGGUGAUGAUAGCAACUGUCAUAAUGCUGAUAUUAAUG